AUGGCGGCCAUGUCAAUUUUCAAAAGAUGCUUCGGGUGCGGGUCCCGGAAUCCCGCUACUCGUCUGAGAGUGCUGCUUUCGGAUGAAACGGACAUCUACUUCAACCUGGCGAUUGAGAACGCCCUUCUUUCCUCGUACGGCUCUAACGCGGCGAAGGACGGCGCUUCUGAGGCCCCGCUGUUGUUCCUAUGGCGGAAUUCACCUUGCGUCAUCGUGGGUCGCAACCAAAACGUCUGGUCCGAGUGUAACCUCGACAAUGUGAAACGGGACAACGUGAAACUCGUGAGAAGGUUCACCGGAGGAGGCGCUGUUUACCAGGACCUCGGAAACACGUGCUUCACGUUCAUCUCGCCUUCCGCCGACUACAACUUCGAAAAGAAUUCUCAGCUUAUCUGCGCUGCCAUGAGCAAGCUGACAGGCAAGCUUUGCGAACCCAGCGGUAGGAACGACCUAUGCGUCGACGGACUCAAGUUUUCCGGAGCCGCUUUCAAAGUUCUCCCCAACGCCGCUUUGCACCAUGGGACGCUGCUUAUCAACAUCAACCAGGGCUCUUUGGACAAGUACCUCACGCCCGAUAAAUCCAAGCUCGAAAAGCACAACGUGCAGAGCGUGAAAGCACGUGUAACGAAUCUGUCGCAGUAUAACUCAUCCAUCAGCCAUCACAGCGUUUGUGAAGCGAUAAUUGCGGAGGUGUCCGCCCACUACAGGUCCCGCACGCGCGAGAUCGAAAGGCUCACCACCGCGUCGGAGUAUUGCAAGCAGAACGCCUUCCUGGAGUGUUACAACAAGCUGACGGACUCACAAUGGACCUACGGAGACCGCGUGCUGGAUUACAAGUCGCUGAAACAUCGAUUCGACUUUGGGUCGCUGGAGUUCUGCUUCGACCUCAGCGGCGACAUAGUCGCCAACAUAUGGAUUUUCUCGGACACGCUGAACGCCGACUUCAUUACCUGGUUGCACGAAAAACUCAACCACAUUCCGCUCCGGUUCACCCCUGACGACUUCGACCGAGCCUUGAGAGGUCUAGCGUACGAGUGUGGGAACGAGAUGAUUGCCGCCAUCAGAGAAUGGCUUGUGUCGGAGCUGCGCAGGGCGGAAACAGCCGCGGCAGCCGCUGAGGACGAUACUGUGAAUGCGGCCCAAAGUGGCCCAAACGUGUAA